CACCCAGGCUUCUGGCCCGCUCAGCCGGAAGGAAGGGGCUGGUGGAGAAUGGGGGAGAGGAACAGGAGUGGGAGUGAGGGAAUCGGGAACUCAGCUUUGGACAUGGGGGUUGAAGAUGCCUAUUUGGUGUGUUGAGUAGGAAGCUGGAUAUUUGAGUCUGCAGUUUGUGAAAGUCGGAGUCACCGGCACAUAGAUGGCAUUUAAAAAUCAGGAACAGGCUCAGUUUGCUGGCUAUAGUCACAAAAGACACCGUAGACUUUUGAUGUCAUUGCUAUUAUUAUUUUCAUCUUGCAGAUGUAGAAACUAAGGCUCAGAGGGAGGUGACUUUGAACCCAAAGUGAAUGGUAGACUGGAGUCCCAGCCAGUACCCAGCUUACUGUUUGCUCCUAACUCCAAGGGGCACUGGCCUCGCAUCUUCCAGGAUAUUAUGCUCAAGGAGUGGACAGAUUUGGAGACAUCCUUCAGGACUGAAAGGGACAGCCACCCAGAGAUGGAAGGACAUGGGGGGCCUGUGCUGUCAGCUUUUCUGCCCCUGUGACGAACACAUGGGGGAGGCUAGUCAGAGGAGGAGGGACUAGCUUGGCUUGUGUCUUUAGUGUGUUCACUCAGGUCUGUGUGGAGUCAGAAAAGCAUGACAGAGGGACAUGAUGGAGCAAGGUUGCUUGUCUCAAGGAGGUCGGGAUACAGAGGAAGUGAUCCAGGAUACUUUUACAGGGCACAGCCCGCCCCUGUGAUCUACUUCCUUUAUGCACACCCCAUUUUCUCACAGCCCAUUUAGUUGGAAUUCAUCAGUGGAUAAACCAAAGAAUGUUAGCACCCUUGUGAGCUAAUCACCUUUCUCUUUAAUUUUUUUUAAAAUCACUGCAAAAAAUUAUUGUGUGUGUGUGUGUGUGUGUGUGUGUGAGAGAGAGAGAGAGAGAGAGAGAGAGAGAGAGAGAGAGAGAGAGGCAGAGACAGAGACAGGGACAGGGACAGAGACAGAGAGAUGUGCCACCAUGUGCCUGUGGAGGUCAGAGGACAGCUUGCUGGAGUUGGUUCUCAGCUUCUACCAUGUGGGUUCCUAGGAUCAAACUCCGGUCAUCAGGUUUGGCAGCAAGUGCCUUUAGCUACUGAGCCAAACUGCCAUGCCUGUUUAUUUUAUUUUAUGCGUAUGAAUGCUUCCUGUAUGUGUGUAUGUAUAACACUCGUAUUCCUGGUGCCCAGAAGGAGAUGUCUGGUCCCCUGGAACUGGGGAAUUACAGGUGGUUGUUGUGAGCUAACAAGUGGAUGCUGGGAACCAAAUCUGGGUCUUCUGGAAGAGCAAUAAAUGCUCUCAACUGCUGAGCCAUCUCUCCAGCAUGAACAUAUAAGCCUUUUGGGAGACAUUUCAUAUAUCCAAACCAUACAGAACCAUUUAUGGCUACUUUUUGGGGGGAGUGGGGGAAGAAGGGUUUCUCUAUUUAGUCCUGGCUGUCCUGGAACUCACUAUGUAAACCAGGCUAUCAUUGAACUCACAGAGAUCCAUCUGCCUUUACUUCCUGGGUGCUGAGAUUAAAGGCAUGUGCCACCGCCCUGGGUGAUGGUUACUUUUUGGGAGAGGAUAGCAUCUCAUUUGUAGCCUAAGCGGGUCAAUCCUCCUUCCUCAGUCUCCUGGAUACUGGGGUUAUAGGCAUGCAACACUGUAACUGUUCCACUGAUAAUCCUUAGUGAGACACCCCAUGGUCAAAGCGGGCGUGUGCAAACGUCACCAGGGGCAGGUAUGCAGGCUAGACCGCAGUGGAAGAAACUUCCCGGGAGGAAGUGGGCCCUGUGGGCUGUAUUGUGUGGGUGGUAGGGAAGAGAAUGAGGUGGUGGAGUGAGGAGGAGGUGAGGAACACUGACAGAGAAGAGCCUCUGUCUGACGAGGUGUGGGGGCUGGAGGCCUGGAAUGAGUCAAGGGCAAAGCUUCAGCCUGGGGGAUGACGGCAGGGAGGAGAGAAUGCUGCGCGUUUUUGAGGGGAAGCUGGUCGCCGUGGGAACUUGGUCCCGAGGCUGAGUGAAUCUGGAGAGGAUGGUGUUCUGCCUUCCAGGAGCAUGUUACUGGGACAGACUUCACAGAUCUGGCAGAGGAGAAGGCGAAGGAUUGGGAGAAUUCAGACAGACAAGUGAUGAGUCGGAAGAAGCAGGGGCCCAGUGGUCAGUGUCCGGCACUGCCGGUGUAGAUUAAGGAAGCCUUUGUCCAGAGGACAGAAGCUUGGAGAAGGUAACAUAAGGAGGGUAGUGGGGUGCUUGGGGUAAAAGUGAAGUCUAGAACAGAGGCCUGGGCAUGCUCCUGUGACUUGCUGGCCCUGUGCCCUGGGGUCAGUUUCUAAAUCUCUCUGAAGGGUCCCACUUUCUCAUCUGAAAAUGCAGAGGAUCCUGUGGCUGUCCUGGGGACGACUUAACCAUGAGCUGUCAUUGUUGAGUGCCUACUGGUCCAUUGUGGGAACACAGGGGUGCUCCUGUGGAGGGAGCCCCAGGGAGCCCAGGGGAAGAAUCCCACAUCCCAGAGGGAUGGAGUAUCAGGAAAGGAGGGAGCUCUCAGUGGGAGCUUGCAACAAGCAACUUCACCUCAGCUCAUUCACCUAUAGCACCUUGGUGGAGUGUCCGGCAUCGUACCCAUUGCGUAGACAGAAGGGCGAGGGUCACAAAAAUGUCCUUGACUAUACCAAUGUGAACAGAUGGAAGAGAGAGACAGGACCCAGGAAUGGCAAUGCUGAUCCCAGGGUGUCUGCUGGGUGGCCACACGACCUGGGAAGAGUAGCCUUGGAGGCCCACAUAGAGCAGCCUCCCUCCAACCACACUGCCAAGGAGCCGUCGCCUCCCAGUGGGUGGGGGGAAGUACUAGUGAGAAGGGUGGGACCACAGGAUGGAGAAGGUGGUGCUGUCAGUGAAAGAAGAAGUGGGGAGGCAUGGAGAAGGGCGUGGGUCAGGCAUAGUUCUUUACGAAGCAGGGGGAUGGGUGGGGAGGGCUCCUGGGGUCCUGUCAUGGCUGGCGUGUGUGGAUCCUCACAGGUGGUAACGGUUGCUAUUAUUAUCAAUCACUAUUGUGGCCAUUGUUUACUUCCCCUCACCUGCUUCUGGCAGAUUUUUCUGCCAGAAGUUGAGUCAACGCCAAAGCUGUGGAUGAGAAAGGAGGCCCCUCUGGGAUGAAGGAAGGUUGUGUGGUCCCAGCUACCACAGAAGCAAUUCAGCUUCUCAGGCAUGGCCACACCCCACAGGAAGCUGUGAGCUAGAUAAGAAGUCACGUCUACACCCUACCUACCCUGAACAUAUAUGCCCGGUCUCCUCACGUAAAAAGCAUUUAGCUCAGUUCUCUACCUCAUUCAAGACAGAGAGACUCCAGGGAGACUCAUGAAUAGUAGAUCACACCAAAACAAUAAGUUAAAUCCCAUAUGGUGGCUCACACCUAGGAUCCCAAUAUUUGAGAAGCUGAGGCAGGAGAAUUGUGACUUCAAGGCCAGCAGGGCGACAUUAGUGAAACUCUGAUGAUGAUGAUGAUGAUGAUGAUGAUGAUGAUGAUGAUGAUAAUUUGUUAAACUGGGCAUGGUGUUGCAUCCCUCUAAUCCUAGUACUCAAGAAGCUAAGGCUAGAGGAUUAUGAGUUCAAGACAGCCUGCACUACAUAGGAAAACAGAUAGUAAAGCAAAAUAAACAAAUAAUUGUUCUGAAGUGAAGGAGCUGAGCAUGAAUUUGCCUGCGGUUCAGAAACUGUCUGGAAGGAUUGAAGGAGGGGACAGGAGGCGGGGAAUGACCUGCAGGGAGGUUAAAUAGGUCACCUCAAUGCUGGGCACCAAGACAAGCAGAGGGACCCAUGAAGAUCUUCACCCACACUUCUGGCACCAUGAUGUCACUUCGGAUACUGCUCCUGGCUGCCCUGCUUCUGGGGACUUCUCUGCAGCAUGCCAGCGCUGCUCGAGCCACCAACGUAGGCCGAGAGUGCUGCCUGGAGUACUUCAAGGGGGCCAUUCCCAUCAGGAAGCUGGUGACAUGGUACAGGACCUCAGCCGAGUGCCCCAGGGACGCUAUUGUGUUUGUGACUGUCCAGGGCAGGUUCAUCUGUUCAGACCCCAAAGACAAGCAUGUGAAGAAGGCCAUCAGACACCUCCAAAGCCUAAGGCAGUAGCCGGUGACCUUCCCCCAGGAGCAUUUGGGGACUCCAGCACCGGUGUCCAUGACCUCAGCCCAAAGCUGCCUGCAUCCAGUGGAGACCUUAAGAGCCCAAGAAGAGCCACAGGAUGGGAGUCGCUGUCCCUUUUUAUGGACUCAAGCUACAGGCACCAAAAACCUCUGAUUAAAGUCUUCUUCCUUA